AUUGUCCACCGUGCGAUAGCGUGUUUUAUUUCUACGUUUUAUCUUAACUGUGACUGUAUUGCCGUUUUAUAAAAACUACAUUAUCAGUAAAUCAGCAAUAAAUUCAAUUAGGUCCCAUUGUACCGAUGAGACCUCAAUCAAUCCAAUGACGUAACACACUAAAAGAGUUACAACUGGCUUUAAUUGAGUCCAACGAUGGCACAGCGCUCGCCAGCAGCUGUUUCAUUCUCGUAUGCAACACUCGUGUUCUACUAAACGCUAAAUAAAAAUGUCCACUUUUCUCGCAGGCUUCAUAACCGCCUUGGUUCUGGCCAUUAUCGUGAUAAUAUUUAUUGCGUAUUGCAUGUUCUGUAAAGAGAGACAUAAGUCUGAACGUUUCCAAUACGACAUAUCGGAUAUAUGGCAGAAAAAUAUAGAAAUAGCGCAAGAGCAGGAACAAGAAACCAAAACUAAAGAGGUCACGGCGGGAAUAUUUAUUCUGCCUCGAAAGAGACAUAAAGAGGACUAUACCUAUCAAAAAAGACCGGAUUACCCUGAAGGACCGGUGUCGAAAAUCGAACCAAAGACUGAUAAACUGAUUGAUAUAUUAAACGAGAACUCUCCUGGAACUGAGACUCGUAAAUGCGUUGAAUUCGAUCUCGACCCAGACGUACCGUACCACAGUGACGUUUGAAGCUGUUUGUUGUGUAACCAGUAUUGUUGAAUUACAAUAAGCAAGGUUUACAUUGUUGUCGUAUUUACCUUAUAUCUCACUUUGUUAUUCCGAUGUAUGUUAAGAUUUUUUCCAUUAAAUGAUGUAAUGCAUUGUAAUAA